AGAGCCGGGUUCUCCCGUCACAACCGACGCCGUCCCCGCCUCCCCGCAGGCCGCCAUGACCAAGCUGGCUCAGUGGCUGUGCGUCCUGGCCCUGCUGGGUUCCGCUUGGGCCGCGCUGGCGCUGAGCCCGGCCAGCCUGCAGCUCCCGGAGCCGUUCCGGCGGGCCCUGCUGCCUCUGCCCGUCUACCUGCUGGUGACCGUGGGCUGUUUCUCCUUGGCCACCGUCGGCUUCCGCCUGGCCACCUUCAACGACUGCGAGGAGGCGGCGGCGGAGCUGCAGGAACACAUUGCCAUGGCCAGGGCCGACCUGCGGCUGCGGGGGCUGCGCUUCCAACCCCAAUAAAACAGCGGGAUGGGG